AUGAACAGGGUGAGGGCACUGUGUACCGUUGGGGUGAGCAUGACCUCUUCAGUUGUGACGGCCGCCCCUUAUGCUUUUAUUGCCAAAGCACAGGGGGAAAGGACGGCGGCCGCAGUGCAAGUGGCAGAAGAGGAAGAUGUGUCGGAAGUGGGAGAGGUGGCGGAGGCAGCAGGCCACGCACCCCCUCAUCCUUCUCCACCUCCUGUGGUGGUGGUAGUGGUGGUUCUCUUCUCAUGA